GCGCAUUGCCUAUCACGACCUUACCGUGUGACCGCACAUUCCUGCCGGCGCAGAGAUUCUGUGUACACGGUACUGCACAUGUAUUGUGUGUACCUACCUACACCUGUUCAGAGAGGGAUUACCCGACCCUCGGCCGACCAAGGAGGGGCCACCCCUUGUAUGAUAGCCACGCCUGCAACGGCUUUGUCUACGCGCCCUCCCUGCCUCGUCAGGCCACUAGACGCUAAGCUUUCGCGGGGUCCUCCGAAGCUGGCACCGGCCAAAUCUUAAAGUUUUUUUUCCUUGUCGGAUCUUUGUACAUAAGACCUGCAUCUGAGUGUGAUCCCCCAGCAUCCGCAGGCCAUUCUAAAAGGCAUCCUGGUCUUGGUUUUACCAGCUGAGCUGUGACAGAAGUAGGCGACUACGCACACCCGGCAUCCUCUUUACUCUCUCCUUCACCAAAUACCAUCCCUGCUCCAUACAUAACCAAAACAAAAGAUAUAGCUGCAUCCAUCCAGUCGAGUAAGAUGGAGAAGGCAGCAGUUUCCGGCGAUGGUCUCGUGAUCCCGCUCAUCGACUUCUCCAAGUUCCUGACUGGGACAGAUAGUCAGAGGCAGGAGACGGCCAAAGCUAUCCUGCAUGGGUUCCAGACGGCCGGGUUCAUCUACCUGUCGAACCUCCCCAUCCCCGACGAGACGCGCGAGAAUGUCUUUGCCACCUCGGCCAAGUUCUUCACGCUCUCGUCGGAGGAGAAGAUGGAUCUCGCCUGGACCACGCCGGCGGCCAACCGGGGCUACUCGGCGCCGGGGCGGGAGAAGGUGACGCAGCUUGAGGACGUCGACGACGUCGCCAAGCUCAGGCAGUCGGCCCCCGAUAUCAAGGAGUCAUUCGAGAUCGGGCGCGAUGACGACCCGGCCUUCCCCAACCGGUGGCCCGGGGCGGGCAAGGAGCAGGCGCGCGAGUUCAAGCCCAUCAUGCUCGACUUCUUCGCGCGGUGCAAGGCCAUCCACGUCGAGGUCAUGCGCGCCAUCGCCGUGGGCAUCGGCAUCGACGAGACCUACUUUGACCGCUUCGUCGACGUGGGCGACAACACACUGCGGCUGCUGCACUACCCUUCCGUGGACAAGAACGUGUUCAAGGUGAACCCGGGCCAGGUCCGGGCCGGCGAGCACUCCGACUACGGCUCCAUCACGCUACUGUUCCAGGACGGCCGCGGCGGCCUGCAGGUCAAGAGCCCCAACGGCACCUUUGUCAACGCCACCCCCAUCCCCGGCACCUGCGUCGUCAACGCCGGCGACCUCCUCGCGCGCUGGAGCAACGACACCAUCAAGAGCACCAUCCAUAGGGUUGUCGAGCCCCCGACUUGUGAGGGUAACAUCCACCCUGCAAGGUACAGCAUAGCUUACUUCUGCAACCCCAACACCGAGAGCUUCAUCGAAACUAUUCCCGGAACUUAUGCCGACGAGGCCCAGAAGAAGUACAAGGGCAUCCAGAGUGGAGAGUACCUGGUGAAGAGGCUCGAGGCGACGUACUAAGACAUGUCUUGGAAUGGAGAGAAGAACAGUAACUCGUGUUUACCUUACUUGGGCAGCGACAAGACAUUAUACGUCUGGCAGCAACCACGACGACCCCGUACAACAAGCAUUAUCGAGAGAAAAAAACACAUGAGAGAAUUUAAGAAUUAGGUAUAUAUAUGCAAGUGACUUGAAAGUACUCACUUUAUUG